AUGUCUACUGAUUACCUUCCUGAAACUAAAGAAAAUUUUGUAUUAACGUGUGGAAGUGGAGAACAGAUAGGUCAUGGUCCUCGUAUAACAACAAAGAAACCUCGUAUGAUUGAAGAAUUAUUUCUGGGAACUGUGAUUGACAUUGCUGCAGGUGGUGUUCAUUCUGUUGUGUUAACAAAUAACGGUGAAUUAUAUAGUUGUGGUAUUAAUGAAAAUGGUACAAUUCCUAUUGAUGAUCCAUUAAAUAAUAACUGUGAUUCCAUUAAUACAUUUACAAAACUUUUUUUUGAUGAAGAAAUAAAAGCUCAUGGAAAAAUUGUAAGUAUUGUUGCUGGAGCAUCAUUUACUGCUUCAUUAACAGAUCAGGGAAGUGUUCUAACAUGGGGUGACUUUCGUGAUGGUGGAGGUGAAAUGGAAAAUCAUAAGAUAUUUGAUAAAUUACGUAAUAGAGUUAAUGUACUUGUUGAUUCUAGUAAAGGAUAUAAUAUUAUAAAAAUUGCUGCCGGUGAGAAUCAUUUAAUAUGUUUGUCAAAUAAGGGUAGAGUUAAUGGAAGAUAUCCCAGUAGAGGUGGAGCUUUUUAUAGAGAUUCAUCUGGAGAAAAUAUAAAAGUUCCUAAUAUUAUUAUUAAAGGAAAAGAUAUUCGUUUUGAAAAUAUUUUUGCUGGUGGAUAUUGGUCAAUGGCUGUUGAUAAAAAUGGAGAUGUAUAUGUUUGUGGUUUAAAUAAUUUUGAUCAACUUGGAUUUCCAGCAUCUACUGGUGAGAAUUGUGAUAAUAGAUUUAUGUCUUUUAAAAAGUCACCAAUUUUUACAAAAAAAGGACUUAAAAUAACACAUGCAUGUGGAACACAACAUAUUGUUGUAAGAUAUGAUAAUGGUGAUGUUUAUUCUAUAGGAAAAAAUAUUGACAAUGCUCUUGGAGUAGGUUCAUGGAAAGGAAAAAAUGAUGAAGUUAAUUGGAAAUCAAGUAAAUUAAAUAAAAUAAAAUUUAGUCAAAAGAUUGCUGGUAUAACUGCAGCUUAUGGAUGUUCCAUUGCUUGGGAUGUUAAUGGAAAUGCAUGGGCAUGGGGAUCAGAUACAUCCGGUCAACUGGGACUUGGUAUAAAAGAUGAUGAUGAUAAAAUGGUUCCAAAACCUAAAAAAAUUGUAUCAAAACAUUUAAUUGGAAAGAAAAUAUUAAAAGUAUCUAUUGCUGAUAAUCAUUCUAUCUUCUUAGCAACUGAUGCUUAA